AACGGGAGCAGCCGAGAAGCUGCCAGUGAGAAAUUCAGCAUCAAGCAUCUGUGGGGGUCUGCAGGAGGAAGGAGGCAGGAUCAGGGAGAAGGCAAACAUGGACUUGCAUUGUGAUUCUGCCGAGUCCCCGGCAGCCGAACAGCCAUCAGGAAAGAUUAAUAAGACUGCUUUCAAAUUAUUCGGCAAGAGGAAAUCUGGCAGUGCCAUGCCAUCGAUAUUUGGGGUGAGGAACAAGGGAGAUGGGAAGAACACAGGCAACAUGGGUAUGGUACGCAGCAAGACCCUAGACGGAUUAGCUGAUGUUGUGCUGGAGAGCAGCAAGAAAGAAGAGCAAUGUUCAACACAAGCUGCUGCUGAUAUACCAAGCACUGACACAAACAGCCAGGCUGUCACCGACACCAGGGCAGAUAUCUCGCCCAACAGCUCGGUGGGUAAAUCCCACAGCUUCUUCGCUUUGCUAAAAAGAAAUGGGAGACUAGAGAAUGUGAAAGGGGACAAUGUGGACCAGAGAGCUGGCAGCAGACAAAAGAAAGGACUGAAGGGGCUGUUUAACAGCAUGAGAUGGAAUAGAAAAGAAAAGAAUUACAAAGACGAUAAAGAGGGGGCCACCGAAAGCCAACCUGGGCUCAUAUUGUCUGGCUCUUUGACAGCCAGCCUGGAAUGUAUUAAAGAGGAGAUACAAAAACCACUGUGUGAGCCUGAAGUACCUGCAAAGGCUGUCACAGCUGAUUUGCCCUGUGAGGAGCAGAGCGAGAUUGUAAACAACUCAACAGAGGCAAACAAGGAAUCCCCCUCAUUUGCACACCCCACUGACAAACCUGGGGAUACAGAGAGUAGCCCACAAGUGGACCAUGUCCGCCAACCGCCUGAACCAGAGGUGGAGAUCCUGCAGGAGAAGAAGGAUGAAAGACUAACAGGAUGUGGCGAUAUUAUUGCUGAGCCGGACGAUGAAGGAGGCAGCAGUAGCAGCAGCACCGCUGCAAGGAUUAUCCUUGGGAAUGGCAAGAAAGCUAUCCCCAGAAAGACCCCAAACAUUAUUGCCUAUCAAGGAGGAGGGGAGGAGAUGGCAAGUCCGGAUCAAGUUGAUGACAAUGACAUCCAAGAGUUUUUGGGAAUGAUACCCCAAGCUGAGGACACAAGCAAAGAGGUGGGAAAAGUGAGUAGACAGGCCUCAAGAGAGGACAAACGUUCUGAGAGCACAUGUGAUGGGAAUGGAGUGAAAUCAUUAUUGCCGAGACAGACUGCAACUAAUUCUAGUGAAAAAGGGGAUCUUAGAGGACGAGGAAAGGAGCAAAGAGAUUCUGUUCGUAACAGCGAUGAGGGUUAUUGGGACUCACCUACACCUGGGACAGAGGAAGAGCCUUCAAAAAGUACUGGGAAGAAGGCUCUAUCCAGAGACAGCUGCAGUGGAGAUGCUCUAUAUGACCUAUAUACAGAAACAGAUGAAAACACAGCAAGAGCGCAUGCGGUGGAGAAAAGACCAAGCCAACUUCACUCCAAGGCAAUCUCGCCAGUAACCACCACGUGCCCAACAAAAACAAACCUGCCAAAGGAAUCCAAAAUACCCAGAAGUAUCAAACAUCUGCCAGUUCAUCCUCCUAGCCAACCAGCUGAUACAAGUAGUAGCACCCCAACUUCACAACAUCCCCCUACAAAAAGUGAACUUCCCAGGACAAAAAUACCAGUUUCAAAAGUUUUGGUAAGACGGGUCAGUAAUAGAACCAUCACCGGAACCUCAGGUAAAACAGCUCUUCAUGAUCCAGCAAGGAAGUAGCGUAAACAAUGGUAGACAAGCCAAUCAGGUCGCUGUGAUUUGCUAUUGUCUUCAUGGGUUGUUGGCAAAUACAGGACUAUUCUUUUACCAUCAGCAAGAUGUCAAGGGCAACUCGGAUUGGUUCACUUUCAUUUUCUUUUUCAUUUUGUAACUCUCUUUUCAAGUUUCCAGUAACAUUUGGAUAUUUUAAUGCCUAAAUAAGCUAGAAGAUUUCUAAAGCUUUCAAUAUCAAAAUAUGAAUACUUAACACAAGUCUACAUUACGACUGCUGAUUAGUGAUGGAUUUCAAAUCGAAUCUGUUUUAACAGUCAGGGAUCUGGUCAAGCAAAAUUCAGCUUUAGCGCAACUGCAGAACCUUGUUGCCAAAUAUGAUGGUGCUGAUGUUUUUGGUUUUAGAGAAUGUAUAAAUUGGAGCAGGUAGGUUUAAUUAGAAGCGUGACAUUAACCUUCAGGCUAAAAUGUGUUCUAUAAUGAGAUGGUUCAUCUGUCAGCCACAUAGGUUAGUAAAGAUAAUUGAAGUGAUGACACAAAGUUAAAACUUUUUCAUUAAAAGACCUAUAUAAAAAAGAGCAAAAGGUUCAACUACGUAUAGAAACAAACCAGCCUUUAUUCACAGUUGUCAGAACUAAAAUAGUUGCUAUAAUUUAAAUAUUGCUAAUGCCUUAUUAAACAAGGUUUACAUUUUUUUUGUCAUUACUCAAAGGAUGUAGUCAUAUUACACACAAUAAUAAAACCACAAAACUAAUUUUUCUUAAUCUUGCAUGAUCUAUCAUCAAUUAAAGGAUGAUAAUAUUUGCAAGUGGGGCAGCUUCAAACUUUUGAAACACAGAGAACUUUAAAGCAGUAUUUCCCCAACUCUCCUGUCAACAUUUUUUGUAGUGUCCACCUGUACUACUAACAAUAACCACAUUUACAUUGCCAGUAUCCAUUUAGAACUCUUUAUUGCCUAAACCAGGGAGAUGCAAUUAGCUGACCUCCAGCUGUUGCAGAACUACAAGUCCUAUGCAUAGGUGUGCGCAGCCUAUUGCAUUAGGGUGUGCACCCCAAAGCACAAACACACAAUAAUGCCACAUGCUGUCACAGGGAGGAGGCUCUGAUGGUGGGAGACAGUUGAUUGGGAGCAUAUUUUGUUACAUCCUAAGUAUAGGUGUAACGUGUUCCUACAGUUGAACCUAGCCUUUAAUAUAAUGGGGUAAUUUACACUGGCCACUGGCACCCCAACCACCCACCUGGUGCCACCC